AUGAGUAACAAGAAACACAAUGCACCACCCUCUCCCUCUCAACCUCCUCCUUCCUCCGACGUUGAUGAUGAAUCACCCACCAUCACCGAAGAAGUCAAUCAUGCCCUGAGUGCAAACCACAAUGGCAACCCCGCCGAAGCCUUGAGUCUUCUCAAGUCCACCCUAUCCCGCCACCCAAACUCCGCCCUCGCUCACAGCGCCCUCAGCUUCAUCCAAUUAAAAGUCGCCAAUUUGGACAGCCCCGCUGCCGACGCCAACGACGACGACGACCGUCUUCUCCAACUCGAACAUGUCAGGAGUUCCGUCAAGUCCUCCAAGCGAGCUGUCGAGUUAUGCUCCGUCUCCCUCUCCUUCUGGUUCUUUCAUGUUGUAGCACUCGUCAAAUUAGCCCAAUACGACGCCGAUGCUGGCUUCGAAGCCGUGAUCGAAGCAUGCGACACUGGUUUGGCCAUCGAACACCCCACCGUGGUAGAAGAAAGAUUGAAACUUGACGGGGAACACGAAAUUGAAUCGCUCAGAAAGCAGCUCAGACUCAUCAAAUUGCAAAGCAAGUAUCUCGUAGACGCUAAAUCUUUGGGAAAGAUGAAGGGUGAGAUUCAAGAACUACAAGACAGAAAGGAAGAGAUCGAGCAGAGAGCUAUUACGGCGAGGAAGAACUUGGAAACACCCUUGUCGGACACGGACAACAAAAGAAAGCUCAAGAAUGUCAAGAAAGUCGCGGCUAAUGUUGACACGGUGGCGGCACGAGUCAAGGCUUACUGGAAUGACAGGAUGAGUAUGGAGCUGAAGAAGGAUUUGCUGAGUGUGGAGCUAUUACUUCAAUUUGCUAAGAAAGAUUCACCGGAGGCUGUGGCGGUGGUGAUGCAGGCGCUGGAGCAUGUGAAGGCGGCAAAAAAUUGGAAGUUUUCAACUUGUUGUCUUUGCGGGGAGAGGUUUUUCGAAGUCGAAUUGAAUGCGGAUCAUAUGAAGAGUGUGCAUUUAGGGACUUUAUCCGAUGAGCUUCGAUCAGUUGAGCCGGAAAUUGAAUUUGAUUCAGUCCAUGACACCGUUAAAUCAAGAAAGUGGAGACCCGUGGACGUUGUUGCUGCUAAGAAAAUGAUGGAAGAUUUGUCAAGAAACAAGCGUGGAGAUGAAGGCCUAGAAGAGUCUGAAGUUUUCAUGAACCAGAAGGAAUGGCCUUAUUGCGAGGAUACCAGGCGUGACCUGAUAAUUGAUAAAAUUCGAUCAAGGUUACGUGUGUACUUGAAGAUUAGAUUUUUUGUUUCAAGUCAUCUUUCAGUGUUCAUGGACUUGAUAAUGGAAAUGCUUAAGAAGCGAAUCCCGGAACAGCUGCUUAAGGAACAUUGGAUGGAUCGCACUGUGCUCACGGCAUGCUUUCUUGACAUCUCAGAGCUUAAUCGUGUGUAUGAGUUCUUGGAUGAUCUCCAUAAUAUUUGUGGGUUACAGAGUCUCAGUGUCAGUCUUGCAAGGGAUGAGGUUAGAGGUAUGGCUUGUGUGGCUAAUCAUGAGAAGAUUGUAUUCAACGAGGACUUCUCUUGUGUAGUUUUCGACAAGAGAAUGUUGCGCGGAGAGCUUGUGGUGCCAAAUGAUGGAGCCGCCAUUACUUCUAAUGCUGAUGCUGAAACCGUAUUAAAUGAUGAUGAAUGUAAAGAUGCUAUUGUGGAUUGGUUAUUGGGUGGUACUAAUAUUAGUAUUGGUGAGCGAUUAAUGCAGUGGACAAAUUUUAGAGAAACUAGUAAAAGUCAAGCGAUGGAGUUUUUCAAGAUCUAUGAGGCUGAAUUUCACCGGAUGCAGAACUUUUGUGAAAAGAAAAUAGAGUAUUUGAGAGACAUUAAGGUAUGGAAGAAUUUGGAGAGUAUCUGUGUUGAAGAAGACAAGAGACGAGAAGAGAUUUCAGGGUACAAACCAUGGAGUUACGAGUAUCUCUUGUUAGAGCAGCAUAAACACAUUAAGAGGACAGAUGGUGAUAUUGUUGAGUCGGAUAUCAUAUGGAAUAUUUUAAAAGUAGAUCAUGUGGACAAUGAAAUAAAAUUGGGGAUCAAGAAGCAGAUUGAUGAGCUGGCUGAAAAGCUUUACAAAUUCGAUUCUAUAAUCAGGACAACUACUAUUGCUAUGAAGCAGACGGGCAAGAAAAUUGAUACGGUAACUUCUUAUGACUACCGAUCAAUUAUGGUACCCCUGCUGAAGUCAUUCAUGCAGGCACGCCUGGAAGAUCUGGCUAAUGAGGAUGCCGAAGAGAAGUCUAAGGCUGCAGAAAAAGAGUUGUUAUCAGAACUUAAUCUUGAUGACAAGAAGAACUCCGACAAAGGAGGAGGUAAUUCAACACAAGGGCAGGGAAAAUCCAAGGUCAAAAAGAAGAAAAAAGAUCACAGAAAGGCAAAGGAAUUUAAGGCAACUGGAGGUAGUGAGGAGCAGCAGGAAAAUGUGCAGCAAAUUUCCUUUCCGGCUGCACAUGGGGGAGAUGAUCCUCCUAAUCCUAAUCCUGAGAUUGUUGUUUCUGUAACCACUGACGAAUUGGAGCAAGAGGAAAGGAAACUUACACCUGAGGAGCAGAAAAAUCUAAGAAUGCUUGAAGAGCAUCUGGAAUUACAGAGGCAGAUUGAGAAUGAGGCCAAACAAAAGCGCCUUGCUGAGCAAAAUGAGGUUGGUACCAGUGCAGAGAAUGAGGCCAAAUCAGAUGAGAAAUCAAGCGGACUUGGACAGCCGUAGCACUCCAAACCACCUGAAUCUGACUAGGACAGACAUACAAGAGGAGCAUGUAGAUAAGAAAGGUGGCCUUAUGGUUAUGUGUAACAAAAGGAUAAUGAUACUGAAGGAAAAAGUUACUUUCUAGUUUUUACUCUUAAGAAUUUCCUGGUUGAAUGAAAGGUUCACCAUUUCUACCCCAUA